GGCGCCACGUACCUCCGAAGAAGAAAAUAAAAACACGAAGAAGAAAUCUUUGUUCUGGCGGUAGUGUGUGUGACACCGAAACCGACACGUUUUGAUUAGUUUUGUAAAAAAAAAAAAACGUGUUCAACCUAAAGUCUGGGUUUAUUUUCGGCAUGGUGAAACUAUCUGCAGAGCUGAUAGAGCAAGCUGCUCAGUACACCAACCCGGUGAGAGAUAGAGAACUGGAUUUGCGAGGUUAUAAAAUCCCAGUACUGGAAAACCUCGGAGCUACUCUGGACCAGUUUGACACCAUUGAUUUCUCUGACAACGAAGUGAGGAAACUAGAUGGCUUCCCUCUGCUCAAAAGGCUGAAAACGUUGUUGAUGAACAACAACAGAAUCUGUCGGAUUGGGGAGAAUCUGGAGCAGUCCCUGCCAAGUCUCAGAGAGCUGGUGCUCACAAACAACAGCAUCCAGGAGCUGGGAGAUUUGGACCUCCUGGCCUCAGUGAAGACGUUAACCCUUCUCAGCUUGUUAAAGAACCCUGUGACAAACAAGAAGCAUUAUAGGCUCUACGUCAUCAACAAAAUUCCCCAGAUCCGUGUACUCGAUUUUCAGAAAGUAAAGCUCAAGGAACGGCAGGAGGCAGAGAAAAUGUUCAAAGGCAAACGAGGCGUUCAGCUCGCUAAGGAUAUGGCCAGGCGAACCAAAACAUUCACUCCCGGUGGGGCUGCACAGCCCGACAAGAAGAGGACAGGGCCGUCUCAAGCUGAUGUGGAAGCUAUCAAGGAUGCCAUCUCUCAUGCUUCAUCGCUGGCAGAGGUGGAAAGGUUGAAAGGCAUGCUGCAGGCUGGCCAGAUUCCAGGACGAGAUCUCAGACCAGACCCCAGUGAUAUGGAAGAGGAAGAAGAGGAAGACUAUAAUAGUGCAGAGGCACGUAUGGGUGAAGGUUACGGAGAUGGCACGAAUAACGGGGACCAAGGAGAGGAGGAAGAUAUGGAGGAUGAGCCACAUGAAAAUGGAUCCUGAAUUUGAUUUUUUUUUUUUCAGAUUUCUUGUGUGGCACAUAGGUGUGCUGUUUUAUUUUGUAUAUUGACUCAUUAAACAGAUUUCUUGUACUUCUUUGAGUGAAACGACAUUGUUUUGUCAAAUAAAAUCCCGCUUUAUUUUUCUUCUGCAA